CCUUCACAAAACCAAUUCGAGAUGCUCGGAUUUGCCCUGAUACUCCUCGUCGGCGCGUUUCUCCCACUAGUGUCCUGCGGACCCUUGGUUACCGGCGCACCGCACAACUCAAGCUCUGCUGCUGCCGGCAUGGCCACGGUCUAUACCAGCUGCACAACAAAGAACUUUGCUGCGCUGACAUUCGAUGACGGGCCGUGGGUGUACGAGGUGGGUAUCAGCAACCUCCUCAGGGACAACAAUGUAUCGGGGACCUUUUUCGUCAGUGAGCUACCAGAUGGUUGCAUAUAUGACGACGACAUCGUGACCAGCAUCCAAUCCACCUUCCGCGCCGGGCACCAAAUCGCGUCCCACACCUGGUCCCAUCCAGAUCUCAACACACUCAGUGCAGAUCAGAGCAAGUCCCCGCAGAUCACUCCCAAUCGUUCGCUCGCUUACAUCCAAAUCUCGUUUAGUUGCGCAGGAGAUCCAGGAACUCGAUGGUGCGUCGCGCUGAAGAAAGUUCUCGGAAUCAAGACCCGCUUUCUCCGUCCGCCGUACGGAAACUUUAACGACCGCGUCCGACAGGUCGCGGCCCAGAACGAUAAGGACUAUAUGGUCACCUGGAACUUUGACUCGGGCGACUCUGUCGGAGAGAGCUACCAGAACAGCGAGAAAGACUAUGCCAAGUUCCUCGGCGGCAAUCCGGACUCGAUGAUCGCGCUGAACCACGAGACCAUGAAAAAUACCGCCCAUUACCUUGUCCAGAACGCGAUAAACCAGAUCAAAGCCAAGGGCUAUCAGCUCGUGACCGUCGCCCAAUGCCUCGGAAUAGAUGCUUACGAGUCCUCCACUGGUCUUGGAACGAAAGACGACACCUGGGCUUGCGAGGAUAACUCGUGAUUCGUUUAAAUACAACUAGCACACAACAACACACAUACGUAACAUAUGUACAUGGAAUACAUUCGGACGUUUACG